AUGUCCGUAUGUCCGAGAUUGUUGACUUUACCCCCACCAUUCCUCAUCUCCACCCAGCGUCUGUACUUACUUGUCACCAUACCCUUCCCGUUCUUGUGCAUACCUCAUGCUCCGUCCCAUCAAGAUCUGUAUCAUCUCCCGUCAUGUCAAAGUACGACAACCACAUAUCCUCUCCCGCCCUCUGGUAAGCUCAACUUUCCCAUCACCUGGAUUCGCGCUGAUCAUCAGAUCACCGGUCCACCACCUAACAUUCCUCCUAAGCACUACCAAACCCCCACUUCUACCCCUUUACCUCAUCCUACACCUCUUGAUCCUUCUUUCCAGCCAGAUCCGGAGACAGGUGAUGGGAAACCUUUGUAUGUACCUGGUAGUCCGGCCGAGAGACAUGCGAGCCAGGGACGAAGGAGUAGUCCAUUGAGACGAGGGAUGCAUGAGAGUUGGUGGGCUAAAGAAAUGGGGUGGUUUAAUGCCGUUGCUAAGACUAUACCUACGUUUAGGAUAUUGGACGAAGAGGGGAAUUUGGUAAAGGAUGGAAUGAUACCAGAGGUAUGUCAAACACAUCUCCAACUGUACAAAAUAAUGACCCUCAUCCCCGUUGUCGAUAAUGUUCUAUACCAAUCACAAAGACAAGGUCGAAUCAGUUUCUACAUGCAAUGUGCGGGAGAGGAAGCAGCCAUAGUUGGUAGUGCUGCAGCUAUGAGAAGUGGGGAUGAGAUGUUCGGACAAUAUAGAGAAAGUGCUGCCUUAUUAUACCGUGGUUUCCCCCUAAACUCCCUCAUGGCACAAUGUUUUGGAAACGUCGAAGAUCUAGGGUCAAAAGGUCGUAUGAUGCCUGUCCAUUAUUCAGCUCCUGAAGUGGGGUUACAUACCAUUACCAGUCCUUUAGCCACACAAAUGCCGCAGGCCGCAGGAGUGGCAUACGCUCUGAAAUUGGACGAAAAUAGACAAGGUGAUUGUGUCAUAUGUUACUUUGGUGAUGGUGCCGCUAGCGAAGGAGAUUUCCACGCUGCUUUGGGGAUGAACUCUGUCUUGGGCGGGCCAUGCAUUUGGUUCUGUCGCAACAACGGCUUUGCCAUUUCCACACCCAUCAUUGAUCAAUACGCCGGAGACGGUAUAGCCUCCAGAGGUCCUGCUUACGGUCUCGACACCCUCCGCGUAGACGGUAACGACGCUCUUGCCGUUCUGACCGCCGUCCGUGAAGCUCGUCGACGGGCGGUGGAAGGUCAAAAAGGUGUUUUGGUGGAAGCUAUGACAUAUCGAGUAGGACAUCAUUCCACCAGUGAUGAUUCGAGCAAGUAUAGACCCGUAGAGGAAGUACAAGAAUGGACCGUGGUGGAUAAUCCCUUACAGAGGUUUAGAGCGUUUUUGGUGAAUAAAGAAUGGUGGAGUGAGAGGGAAGAGAAUGAUUUGUUGAAGAAGAACAAAGCGGAUGUGUUGAAAGCGUUUGCGAGGGCGGAGAAAUUACCAAAGCCGAAAUUGGGAGAAAUGUUCAAUGAUGUUUGGGCGGUUGCCAAAGGAGAAGAAGUGCCUCAUGUCAUUAUUGAACAGAGGGCAGAACUAGGACGUUUGUUGAAGAAAUACGGUGAUGUUUGGGAACCUUGGAGAAGAGAGAGAAAACGUUAUGUGGAAGAAGGAGAAGACGUUAUGGAUUGUGCUAGUCGGGGGUCUUGA